AUGUCAAGCAGCAAUAAAAAGGCCCUCACAAAAGAGGAAGAAAGGACUCACCAUGCUUUUCUUUUGCUUCCUGUGAAAGGAAAAACAUUUUUCAAUGUUGAAUCGGAAUUAUUCUUUCGUCCUAACGUCCGUUUCCAUGUGAAAUUUCCUCAUUUUCUUUACCUUCUUCUUUUUCUGAAUCCCAGUUGCAGUCGCAGAGUGGCAGCAGUUAUAUAUAUUUUUAUUUUAUUUUGAAGUAAAACCAAGUCGUAAUCAUCACUUCGUCGCCCGGAAGGAAUCUUCGUUUCAGAAUCGGAAGCUGGCUUCUGAUUUCUCCAAGCAAAGAUGGCUAAGCGAGGAUACAAACUACAGGAAUUUGUGGCCCAUUCAGCGAACGUCAAUUGUCUAAGUAUUGGGAAGAAGGCACGUCGUCUUUUUCUUACAGGAGGGGAUGAUCACAAGGUCAAUCUAUGGACGAUUGGCAAGCCAACUUCUUUAAUGAGCCUGUGUGGUCACACUAGUCCAGUUGAAUCUGUGGCUUUUGAUUCAGCAGAAGCGUUAGUUCUUGCUGGGGCAUCAAGUGGAGGAAUAAAGCUCUGGGAUUUGGAAGAAGCAAAGAUGGUUCGCACUCUUACUGGACACAGAUCCAACUGCACAGCCGUUGAGUUUCAUCCGUUUGGUGAGUUUUUUGCAUCUGGCUCCAUGGAUACUAACCUCAGGAUUUGGGAUAUACGGAAAAAAGGAUGCAUUCACACAUACAGGGGUCAUAGCCGAGGUGUUAGUACUAUCAAAUUUACUCCAGAUGGCCGAUGGGUAGUUUCUGGUGGAUUUGAUAAUGCUGUGAAGGUGUGGGAUCUAACUGCUGGAAAGCUCUUGCAUGACUUCGGGUUCCAUGAAGGACAUAUUAGGUCCAUAGAUUUCCAUCCACUUGAGUUUCUUCUAGCUACAGGUUCAGCAGACAGAACAGUGAAAUUCUGGGAUUUAGAAUCGUUUGAAAUGAUUGGAUCUGCUCGAUGUGAGGCUACAGGAGUACGCUCAAUAGCUUUCCAUCCUGAUGGAAGGGCUCUGUUUGCUGGGCUUGAGGAUGGUUUAAAGGUGUAUUCAUGGGAGCCUGUAAUAUGUCAUGACACUGUUGAUAUGGGGUGGACCACUCUUGGUGACCUCUGUAUUCAUGAUGGGAAACUUUUGGGUUGCUCGUACUACCGAAAUUCUAUUGGAGUCUGGGCUGCAGAUAUAUCAUUUAUUGAGCCAUAUGGCACUGGUUUGGAACCCAAGAAUAAAGGUGGUGUGGAUCAGAAGCUCAGUUUUCAGGAGAAUCAACCAGAGAAAGUGGAGAUGGAUGUAGGACCAACUUCUGGGUUGCACUUUAUGUCUCCUGACAGUGAACCGAAAGAGAUAAAGAACAUAUAUAUCGAUUCUUCUGGAGGGAAACCUGUUUCCUUACAGAGAUCGGCCUCUUCCAAUUCUCCAAAAGUUGAUCUCAUGGAAGAUUCCAAGGAAAUUUGUAAUUUGGGAAUGCUGAAGCAGAGUCCUACAACUGGAGUUCACACAAAAUCAAAUGAACAAGCACAUAGGAAGUCUUUCUUUGUGCCAAACAUUGUACCUCGGGACAUUUCUGGUGGUAAUGACCCAGCUAAAACUGGGAAAGAAGCUAUCAAUUUUUCAAGGACAAAACCUGGGAUGCUACUCAAGCCGACUCAUAUACGGAGAGCAUCUACUGGAAUAAGUGAUGCAGAAAAAUUUUCAACAGAUGUGGGUUCUGGAACUUUUGAGAAUACGACAAGUAAAUUAGACAAUGUAGAAGAUCUUAACAAGCUGCGAUCUAAAGAUGAAGUCAAAGAUUCUUGUGAAGACAAAUAUCCUAUCAAGAGCGUAGCAGACAAAUUUGACAAGGCUUUUUCUCCACACAAACUCUCUGAACAGGAUUCACGUAAUGAGUCCAUCCCUUGCAAUGAGGAGAUUAGUCCAGUUAAAUAUGUCAAUGGAGUUGCCGUAGUGCGAGGAAGGACCCGUUCUCUGGUUGAGAGGUUUGAAAGAAAAGAUAGAACUCCCAACAACAAAGAUCAAACUAACUCAUCCCUCACUACCAAAUGUGAAACGAGGGAAAUAGUUAAUAAUGCCAAUGAUGGUCAAAGUAAUCCCUCCCCCAACAUGAUGAGUGAAAGCAGGGAAAGAAUACACAUCAGUGAAGAUCCAAAAAUUACACUCUCCAUGCCUGCCACAUGUGAGGUUGAUAACUCUCAUUUGAUCACGAAAGUUGAGCCUCAAAUUUCUGAAAGGGAUUUGAACUCUGCAAAUGAAGGAGAAAUCAUUGAGGGUCUUAUGCGAACUCAUGAUCUAACUUUAAGUAAUCUUCGCUCACGUCUGACAAAAGUACAGGUGGUGCGACAUUUUUGGGAGCGGAAUGAUAUUAAGGGUGCAAUCAAUGCUCUGAGGAAGCUGCCAGACCAAUCUGUGCAAGCAGAUGUUAUUAGUGUUCUUGCGGAGAAGACAGACCUUCUCUCCUUAGAGUUGUUUACUUGUUUGUUUCCUGUGCUCAUAGGAUUGCUGGACAGCAAGAUAGAAAGGCAUGUAAAGUUGUCACUAGAUUUGCAAUUGAAGCUUGUAUCAGUUUUUGGACCAACAAUACACUCAACUAUUAGAGCACCUCCCUCUGUUGGGGUUGAUCUGCAUGCAGAGCAGAGACGGGAAUACUGCAACCAGUGCUUUAUGCAACUACAAAAGAUCCAAAAGAUUCUUCCGCUGCUAAUAAGGAGAGGUGGUUUGUUGGCUAGGUCUGCCCAGGAGUUAAAUUUAGUUCUUCAACAAUCCUGAAGAUUUGGACUUGAUGAAACGUCAGCUAAUUCAUGAAGUGCCACUUGGCGCAUUACUCUUUGGGAGCGCAGGAUUACAUAGACAAAACAUGAAACCUGUAUGUGUUAUUUUUCUGUACUCACAAGUCACAACCAAAACAGUUUGGCUUGAAUUGUGCCUGUAGCUGUCAUCUUUGGCUUUGUCCUCAGCAGAGCGCCGUCUUGUUAUAAAAAGAGCUGAACGAGACAUAUCUCAUAUAUCUUAUGGACGUCUGAAAAUGGCAGCAUCUUUCCUCAGCUUUUCAAGGGUAUAUCUGUUUGUACGUAUCUCUCUCUCUCUCUCUCUCUCUUCCUUUCUUUAGAUUUUUUUUAAAAACUAGUUCGGAUCCUUCAUUGUUUAGUCAAGUGUGGGUUGAAUCCUUACCAACAAAUGUACCAGUCAGGUUCAUGUAGAUGCAAUAGCAGAAGCCUUAGAAAUUUGUAUGUAUUCUUGAUGAUCAAUGAAAUGAAUUAUCAGUUCUUCUGUUUAAA